AUGCCGAAGGACGCGGUGGUCAUCGUUCGCUACGGGCCGUACAGUGCAGUCGGCCUGGCUGUGGAGUACCGCACCUUCCGCCUGGAGGGCCUGCAAGCUGUGUUGACCAGAGAUGGACACAAGGUCAUCCUAGAGAAGACAGAAGACUGGAAUGUGGUAGAACUCAUGGUGAACGAAGAAAUUGUCUUCCACUGUAACAUCAAAGACUUGGAGUUUGGAGGUGAUGGUAAACUAGACCCGCUGUGUGAAGAGGCCAGGAUAGCCGUCCUAAAUGCCUACUGAUCUCCUCGUCCGAACAGGCAUCUGAAGUCAACAGAACAGCCACUGCUUCCGGCCCUUCUAUGCAGCAAACAAAAGCAGCUCUAGGUUUUGAAGGCUCUAGCAAUCCAGGUAACGCCAGCCUGUCCUUCAGCCUGCCCAGCACAGUGUCUCUCACCCGGCUGCACAGAAGCAGGGCCCACACAAAUAAUAAACACCAUUUGCAGCAUCUUUCAAUCUCAACCCACAGGGAGAGCCCUCCAAUAUCUAUCAGGUACACAUUGAGCUGAAGGAAAUAAUAAAAUGCAAUCUAAUAACAAAGCGCCAUCCCGUCCUAAUAACACAGAGUUUGCCAGAAGCAUCUGAGAGUCCAUUCUAUAAACAAGAAAAUUAUCUGCCUUGUUUUGCAUUCGCCAGUCCAACGAGCCACUCUGAAGAGGGCCCAGAAGAACACAGGGCAGAAGAUGCGGCUCCUUAUUUGUCUGGGGGAAAACACAGCCUUGCGGAGUUAAGGAGGGAUUUCAGUUAUGGUCAGUGUAAAAAUCAGCCAUGUCAACAUGAUGUUCUUUGUACUUGCAGGUCCGAGACACCCGACGGUAGCACACGUUCUUCUAUAGAGAAAUGCAGAUAUUGAUCUGAUGACGUUCAGUGUGAGGUCGUGGUAAAAAGGCAUCACACCUUGGCAGAGAAAUAGGAGAAAGAGGGAAGACUCUGGGCACCCUGGUGAAAGCACGGAGCUUUCAGGGCUCGGAGCACACACCCCCCCAGGAAGGCAGCCACCCUGCUCCCUGUGGUUUCCCUGUACCUGGGGAGCCACCCUUUCCAUCCCUCCUGGUGGCCUCAAGCCCCCUGCACCCCAGAACUUCCAACGCCAUCUGGGAGGCGAUGAAACCACUGUACAAGUUCUCUCUCGUAUGUGAGGAGAAGGGGGAUGUAAUUUUCAUUUUCAGCCCAAGCUUCACUUACCAGGUUUCAUUCAGAGAUUACCAUCACUUAGGACUCUGGAAAUAUUUAAUCAUCCUCGCUGAGAACCUGAGGCUAAAAAACUUUCCUCCUGGUGCCGGGUGCCGGUUUUCACGUGCCUUUAGUAACCCUCGAUUUAGUCCCUCUUUCUCAAAGACCAGUUUAAGUUAUUAUAGAGGUAGCAUUCUGCUUUCGUAUGAACAUUUUACUCCAAGAGAAAUACAUUUUCAUUACAGUAAAAUGGAAAAAUAUAGGUGAGGAUAAAGUACAAACCUGAUAACGUUUUGGUAUAUUUCAAUUUGGUUUUCUUUGAUUUAUGUCUGAUUAUUCAUUAGGAGAUAGAUAAACAGAGAAAUUGAUUUCACUCAUUCAAGAUCACAUUGUAUGUACCCAAUUAUGUAUCUGUUUUUUAAUUUAACAUUUUAUGUUGAUCCUCUUCCUGUGUGAUUAAAACAUUUGU